CCACUUCAAAACGCCGCGCGCUUAGCCACGCCCCCACUCCGUAGCUUUCUCAGGUGUCGAUGUUUGGCUGCUGCAAUUGCCACAAUUUAGACCAUUUUUAGCGUUUUUAUUUCCCGACAGCAAACGCGAUAUCGCUCAUUUUCAUAAUGGAUGUGUAGCGUGUAAUUAUUCAAAAUAUUCACGAGGGAGUUCUGACAUUUCCUCUGAACGGGAAGUUUGAGCUGUUUCGUCGUCUGUGUAUGUUUUGGGGUUUUGUGUGAGCAAUGCUAAACUCAACACAGACCUGCGGACUGCUGGUUUUACUCCUGAGUUUAUUCUGCGCUCAUUUCAGCUGGGGAUGGUUUCAAAACAACGCCAAGAGCAAAAGCCCACAGAAGGAGCCCGUUUACGAGAAUACUCCGGACAGCCAGGACCAGAGCUGCUUGUGUCAUUUAACCGGGGUCUUGGACGACUGUUUCUGUGACAUCGAGAGCAUCGACGUCUUCAACAACUUCAAGAUUUACCCUCACAUCCGCAAGCUCAUGGAGAGAGACUUCUUCAGAUACUACAAGGUGAAUCUGAAGCGUCCGUGUCCGUUCUGGCCUGAUGAUGGCCAAUGCUUCAUUAAAGACUGUCAUGUAGAGCCGUGCCCAGAGAGUAAAGUUCCUGUAGGAAUUAAAUCUGGCAAUUAUAACAAGUAUUCUCAGACCUCCAGCAGCAGCAGUGACGUACGAGAGUGUGAACAAGCUCAUGAACUGGGAGCUGUGAACAACACACUGAGUAAUCAGAGUAAAGAGGCGUUUGCGGACUGGGCUCAUCACGAUGACGCUCAGGAUCACUUCUGUGGUUUAGACGAUGAGAUGUCUCCUGAUGCGGAGUACGUGGAUCUGCUGCUGAACCCGGAGCGAUACACCGGAUAUAAAGGACCCUCGGCCUGGAGAGUGUGGAACAGCAUCUAUGAGGAGAACUGCUUCAAGCCAAGAUCGGUGUAUCGUCCUCUUAACCCUUUGGCUCCCUGUCGUGGUGAUGAUGAUGGUGAAGGAUUUUACACAUGGCUGGAAGGUCUGUGUUUGGAGAAGCGUGUGUUCUAUCGUCUGAUCUCUGGCCUCCACAGCAGCAUCAACAUCCACCUGUGCGCCGAAUACCUGCUGGACGAGGGCUGGGGGAAGUCUGUCUGGGGUCCGAACCUGCACGAGUUCAGACGGCGCUUCGACCCUGCCGAGACCAAGGGCGAGGGAACCCGCCGGCUCAAGAACCUCUACUUCCUGUAUCUGAUCGAGCUGCGCGCGCUGACUAAAGUCACUCCGUACUUCGAGCGCUCCUUCAUCAACCUGUACACAGGAAACACACAGGAGGACUCCAGCACCAAAGAUCUGCUGCUGCAGGUGCUCAACGAGACCAAAUCCUUCCCCAUGCACUUUGACGAGAGCUCCAUGUUCGCAGGCCAUAAAACAGAGUCAAAGACACUCAAGGAGGAGUUCAGGCUUCACUUCAAGAACAUCUCUCGGAUCAUGGACUGUGUGGGCUGCAGUAAAUGCCGGCUCUGGGGAACGUUACAGACUCAGGGUCUCGGAACCGCCCUCAGGAUCCUGUUCUCAGAGAAAGAGAUCAAGAGCCUUCCAGAAAACAGUCCGUCCAAAGGCUUCCAGCUCACGCGGCAGGAGAUCGUGGCUCUGCUCAACGGAUUCGCCAGAUUGUCCACUAGUAUAAAAGAGCUGCACAACUUCCGCACGCUGCUGAAGGAUCAGAGGUAACGUCCUCCGGACCUGCAGGGGGCGGCAGCUCUAGCCUCAGGGACACGUCACACAAUCCUCCUCCGUUCCUUUCUUCUCAGUCAUUUCUGUCAGCUUUGACUGCGGUUUGUUACGUAGCGCUGCCUUUCCCUUCCUUCUCUUGGGUUUGUGUGAAUGUCUGUCUGUUUCUGCUGACAACAGUGAUUUCAUUAUUCUCAGUUUGUUAGUAAUCAGGUGAAUCCCGUGAAUAAGAACAUUUGCAGGUCACAUUUCACAUGAAAAAUCACAAGUGAUUAUAUUUUGCAUGAAGCAAAUGAAAACCUUUUAUUACUGUAAGGACUUAUUUUCUUUAUGCAUAUAUAUAAGGAGAGAGAGAU